AAAAAAAUCCUAUAUAAGGAAACGCUGCCGUUGGGGGGCAGCAGCGCAACACCAUCCUUCCCAGCUUCCAUUUUUUGCCUACAUUUUUUUUUACUAAUUUAAUGUACUCUCAAUAAUCUCCUCUCCAAAACCCUAGCUCCUUCACUCGCUGCCGCCGAUUCCACCCAGAAUUCAACAUAUAAGCUUCGAAAAAGAUGUCGGACGAGGAACGAGAGGAGAAGGAGUUGGAUCUCACCUCCCCUGAAGUUGUUACUAAAUACAAGAGCGCUGCUGAGAUCGUUAACAAGGCUAUGCAGUUAGUUGUAAGAGAAUGCAAGCCGAAAGCUAAGAUUGUUGACGUUUGUGAGAAAGGUGAUGCAUUUAUUAGAGAGCAAACAGGCAAUAUGUAUAAGAAUGCUAAGAAGAAGAUUGAGAGGGGUGUUGCCUUCCCCACUUGUAUUUCUGUCAACAACACUGUUUGUCAUUUCUCUCCACUUGCUAGUGACACCUCCGAGUUGCAAGAAGGUGAUAUGGUGAAGAUCGAUAUGGGUUGCCACAUUGACGGGUUUAUUGCUGUAGUUGCGCACACCCAUGUUGUUCAGGAAUGGCCAGUCUCUGGCAGGAAGGCUGAUGUUGUUGCUGCUGCAAACACUGCUGCUGAAGUUGCCGUGAGGCUUGUCAGGCCUGGGAAAAAUAAUAAAGAUGUAACGGAUGCAAUUCAGAAGGUAGCUGCAGCUUAUGACUGCAAAAUUGUUGAAGGCGUUCUUAGCCAUCAACUGAAGCAGUUUGUGAUAGAUGGAAACAAAGUCAUAUUAAGCAUCUCCAAUCCAGAUACCAGAGUUGAUGAUGCCGAGUUCGAGGAGAAUGAAAUCUAUGCAGUAGAUAUAGUUGUUUCGACUGGUGAAGGCAAGCCCAAGCUCAUGGAUGAGAAGCAGACAACUAUUUAUAAAAGAGCAGUUGACAAGAAUUAUCAUUUAAAGAUGAAGACCUCCAGAUUUAUUUUCAGUGAAAUAAAUCAGAAAUUUCCUAUUCUCCCAUUCACUGCUAGGGCUUUGGAAGAGAAAAGAGCUCGUCUGGGUUUAGUCGAAUGUGUGAAUCAUGAUCUCUUGCAGCCAUAUCCUGUUCUUCAUGAGAAGCCUGGGGAUUAUGUUGCUCAUAUAAAAUUCACGGUGCUGCUAAUGCCUAACGGUUCAGAUCGGAUAACAUCCCAUCCACUUCAGGAGCUGCAGCCAACCAAGACAAUAGACGAUCCUGAAAUUAAGGCAUGGUUAGCUUUGGGAACAAAGACAAAGAAAAAAGGUGGUGGGAAGAAGAAGAAAGGUAAGAAGGGUGAGGGUGAUAAAGCUGAUGCAGAGCCCAUGGAUGCAUCAACAACUGAAGGUGCUGCUGCAUCUUAAGAAAAAG